CUUGAAUGUGUCAAAUUGUGUUGUAAUUAUUUACCGAAACAUAUUUCAUUUUUUAAAUAUAAACCUAUGGAAAUAUAGUGAUCUCGGUGAUAAUGAUCAAUUAAAUUUAAACGUAAAGCAAUACUUAAAAUUCUAUUCUUGUCGUUAAUCUGUGUUGUAAUUUAUAAACUCCUUGACAUAUUGAAAAUGCCUGCCGUAACAUCACCGUCUGAUGAUGAACAGAAUGACGGUGAACAGAAAAUGUGGAAUGCUCUUAAACGAUAUAUUAUACGUGAAAGGCAAAGAAAGAAAGAAGAAUAUGAAGCAGAGGUAGAAGAAGAGAGACUAAGAAAGGAACGUGAGGCUAGAGAGAGGCAGGAUGUUAUGACGCUAGAAGAAACAAAAGAACAAAUUGAACAAUUAGAACAAAAAUUAAAGCAAUUAGAGAAAGAGAAGCAACAAUUGUUCAUGCAGUUAAAAAAAGUAUUGAACGAAGAUGAGGUUAGAAAACGACAACAACAGAAAGAAUCAAAUGAAAUGCAACCUAUGAAGAUGCCAAUGGGCAAUAUACAAAUACCGAUGUUCCCAAUGUCAUCGUCUACUGGCCAAGGUGAACCUCCCCUUCCACAAGGCAGACCGCAGGCCAUGUCAUCACAUAUACUUAAUAAGAAUAAACAUUCAAACUACAUGCUGUUCCCGCAACAGCAGACUAUAGUGCGUGGUCCGAUGCAGUCCGGUGUUAAACGACAACGCAGUCCGUCUCCUACAUACGCAUUGUAUGCACAAAGAAUGCACCCGCCGCCUAUGAAGCAUCAACAGGUUUAUUCUGAUCAUAAAGUAGAAGAUGGCCGCAUGGGCCGUCAGAUGGCUCGCGCAGUGCUUUGGAAUAAGCCAUCACAAUACGCGUCGAAUGUCAACUCGUCGGUAUCAUCCGGGUAUUACGCGAUGCCUACAUCCGGGGUAGUGGUGGGCGAGCGGCCGCCCGCGCUGCUGUACCCGCACCACGGACACGCGCCCCACACCCCGCACACGCCACACACCCCGCACACCCCCCACCACACCAAUUUGAUGUACGCGCCCGCGCCGCAACCGCAACUGUACAUAGAUAUAUUGAAGAAUAGAGAAGGACAGCAACAUCAGGAACCCAAAAAGGAUCCACAGCCUCAGGUGCUGAUCGGUCUGAGCGAGCCGCACCAUCCAUCUGUGAGCAGCGGCGUGGUGUACGCACAGCCGCCGCCUGUUAGCCGACACAUCGCCAUACAUCCGCCUCCGCAACACAACAACAUGCAGACAGCGAAGCCUGGCAGCAUAACACAAGGCUACCCCGUACAGCAGGCCAACCCUAACGUGCAGAACCCCAAUAUAUAUCCCAACCGUCACCGGUAUUAGCCGUUGAUGCACCGCAGGCCGCACGCGCUGCCCCCCUAGCAUUGGAAGAAACGCAUCGCUCAAAGGUUACACCGUUUUUAAUGCGCACACAAACAUCCGACGGAAAAAGUUACAUAUAUCUAGAGAUGUAACUACAGGGUUACAUAUUUUAAGAGAUGUAAUUCUUAGUUACAUAUUUCAAGAGAUGUAACUCUUAGUUACAUAUUUUAAGAUAUGUAACUCUUAAAGUGACAUAUUUUAAAAGAUGGAACUCUGAAGAGUUACAUAUUUCGGGAGAUGUUACUCUUAAACAUACAUAUUUCAAGAUAUGCAACACAGAAAGUUACAUAUAUCAAGAGAUGUAACUACAGAGUUACAUAUUUUAAAAGAUGUAACGCUUAAAGUUACAUAUUUCAAGGUAUGUAGCUCUAAAACUUACCUAUUUUAGGAGAUGGAACUCCAAGAAGUGACAUAUUUCUAGAGAUUUGACUCUAAAGUGUUACAUAUUUCAAGAGAUUUCACCCUAAAAUAAUUACAAUAUGUAAGAAUAGGAGACUAAACUCUUUUCGUCGGAUGUGUUUAACAUUCCAUCAUGUCCUCAGAUCACACCAAUAUCAUUACAAAACAAACUCAGAGUCCUUUAAAAACACUAAAGGAUUUCCUUAGUGUAGAUAUUGUGAUUUAAUUGUUGUUUAAGAAUAAUUACCAGGUUGUUUGAAUUUUAAAAGCCUUACAAAU